GAAAAGUUCAACAAAAUAUUUUUGUCUACUUUCUAAAAUUCUCCCAUAUUUUUUGAAUAUUCAAUAUAUUUAAAUGGGUUUUAUUGAGUACGUGUUUUCUUAUACACGUUCACCAUUGUGACACAACAUUCGCAAAGUCAUUUGAAAUAUCGAGCAUAUUAUCGAGUUAUAACUUUCGUAAUAUAUAUGAAGCCGGUAACCUCAAACAUUAAAGAUGAGUGAAUCUUCCUGCUACAUCCUCGACAAUGGAGCUUAUACCGCCAAAGUGGGUCUUUCUACAUCAGACCCGAAAAUAGUACCGAACUGCAUUAUGAAAGCUAAAUCAGAAAGACGCCGGCCGUUCGUUGGCUCCCAAAUAGACGAAUGCCGUGAUGCAUCCGGUCUUUUCUACAUACUACCUUUUCAGAAAGGUUUCCUAAUUAAUUGGGACACGCAAAAAACCGUCUGGGACUAUAUAUUCAGUAAGGAAUGUUGUCCAGUCAAUUUUAAUGAGACCCCUUUGAUAAUUACUGAACCUUUAUACAAUUUUGCGUCUAUUCAAGAGGCAAUGACGGAAAUAUUCUUCGAAGAGUACGAAUGUCAGACUUUAUUGCGAAUUAAUGCUACAGAUUUAGCCGAGUAUCAUUAUAGGAAGAAGCAGAAGAAUCAGUGUACAGUUGUAGUAGAUUCAGGUUACAGCUACACAUAUAUUGUUCCAUACAUUAAGGGUAAGAAGUAUAGAGAAGGAAUAAGAAGAAUAGAUGUUGGCGGGAAAGUGAUGACAAAUCAUUUAAAGGAGAUACUGUCUUACAGACAGUUGAAUGUUAUGGAUGAAACAUAUGUAAUUAACCAAGUUAAGGAGGACUCAUGUUUUGUUUCACAGAAUUUUAUGGGUGAUAUGGAAGUUGCUAAGAAGAAGGGAUCAGUAAAUACAAUUGUCAAAGAUUACGUCUUACCUGACUACACAACAAUCCGUCGUGGUUACCUCCGUGAUAUUGUUAAACCUGAUGAAGACUUAGAACAGCAGACUUUACGUUUAAGCAAUGAAAGAUUCUCAAUACCCGAACUGCUGUUCCAUCCAUCAGACGUUGGUAUCCCACAGAUGGGCAUUCCUGAAGCUAUUAUACAUUGUAUAGACGCAUGUCCGGAAGAAAAUAAGGAGAACCUUCUAGAAAACAUUCUUCUCUAUGGCGGGAAUGCAUUGUUUCCUGGUUUCCGAGAAAGGGUCUACAAUGAGGUGCGUUCUUUGGCAUUAGACCAUUUUGAUGUGAAUGUUACACUUGCAGACAAUCCUAUAACCUACCCUUGGGAAGGUGGUAAAUUAAUAUUCCGAGAUCCUGAGUUCUAUUCCUUCUGUAUGACGAAAGAAGAAUACGAAGAAGAAGGCAAGACAUUAGCAUUUGAACGAUUUGAUAUAUAACGACGAAAACGAGCGAGAAGGUCUUCAGAGUAAAUACUUUUGGAGACCCUCGCUCGUUAAAUGCAGAUGGUGUGAUUUUUGGACGUUGGAACUGAGUUCGGAGUGGUAAUUUUGAAAUUGGGAAUUUAUUAGGCCUCUCAUAUACAGUUGGUUAGUCCUCAGGUUGCAUGGUUGCCUAACAAUUUCGGUAAAGAGAGGAAGGGACAGCAUCCUUCCUAUCACUAUGACUCAUGAGCGUGGU